GUAAUAUUUUAGCACACAAUGGCUCUGUUUAAUUUAAUUGGUGAGUGACUUUAUUUUCCCCCCUGCACCCCUCAUCCCAUAUAUUUCACAGUUCCUCUCAAUAAUUUGUUCUGAUCUGGAUAUAUAUGUAUGUGUGUGUUCUCUAAUGCCAUAAGUUUGUAUGAACUAUACCCCCAUCACAUUAUUUUGUGUGCUACAUAUGUCUAUUUAAAACUUUGUGCUUUCAAUGUGUUUUGUCUGUCAGGGUUAUUUUACUAAAGUGAGACUUUCACAAUUUAAGGCCAAAGUAGCUGAACUUCAAAAAUUCAAUUGGUUAUGUUUCUAGUUUGGGUAUAUUGCCUUUUUAAAGGACCACUCUAGGCACCCAGACCACUUCAGCUUAAUGAAGUGGUCUGGGUGCCAGGUCCAGCUAGGGUUAACCCUCCCCUUUUUUUUUUUUUUUUUUUUUUUUUUUUUUUUUUUUUUUUUUUUUUUUAUAAACAUAGCAGUUUCAGAGAAACUGCUAUGUUUAUAAAUGGGUUAAUCAAGCCCUCACAUCCUCUAGUGGCUGUCUCAUUGACAGCCGCUAGAGGCGCUUGCGUGAUUCUCACUGUGAAAAUCACAGUGAGAACAUGCAAGCGUCCAUAGGAAAGCAUUGUAAAUGCUUUCCUAUGAGACUGGCUGUGUGCAUGCGCCAUCAGCCGAAAGAGAGGAGAGGAGGAUCGGAGGCGGAGAGCUCCCUGCCCGGCGCUGGAGAAAGGUAAGUUUUUUAACCCCUUUCCUCUCCCCAGAGCCCGGCGGGAGGGGGUCCCUGAGGGUGGGAGCGCCCUCAGGGCACUAUAGUGCCAGGAAAACUAGUGUUUUUCUGGCACUAUAGUGGUCCUUUAAAUGUGCAAGUCACUCUGAAUACCUGAGAAAUCUCACUUUUAACCCCUUAAGGACACAUGACAGAAAUAUUCCGUCAAUUUCAUUUCAGAGGUUGUUUCCUUAAGGGGUUAAGUGAAUAACCCUAUGUGGUGUGGUUUUGUGGUUUGUUGAUGGGUGUCUAGGAUUAUAUUUAUUUCUAUCGUAUCUGUAUUGAGCUUGAAUGUUAAGGCUGUUGUAGGGAAGUGGAUUGUAUACAAGUUUCACAUUUGUCCGCAACAAGAAGUGGUCUGUUAUAGUAACUGGGCUUUAUUCACUAAACAUUGCAAUAACUACUCCUUCGGUGGGAGGAAAUCUUCUCCCUUGGCUAUCUAAGCCUAAAUUUAAAUUUCUGUUUUUUUGUUUUGUUUGUUUUUUUUUGUUUUGUUUUUUGUGAGAAUUCUACUGAUGCUGGAUGUCUUCAGGCAACCUGUGUGACAGCCACUAGUUGCAGUCUUAAUGAUGCAAUGUGAUCUUUGCCAUUUCUCUAAAACUGCAUUGUCUUUCAUUGCAGGGCUAAGGGGGCCAGGAACACCUUACACAGACCACUUCAAUGAGCUGAUGUAGUCUGGAUGACUAUAGUGUCCCUCCAAAAUAUUUAGGGAAACUAGAUUUAAAAAUAUAUAUCGAUCUCUAAAACUUUAGCAAUUGCUUCACAUGAGUGUAUAUUUCUAGAACUUAGACCCAUCAGGCCAUUAAAUGAAAGCAUUCAAAAUAACAUUUUAACCAUUUUGUCACCAACCUAGCCAAAACCACUGAGUAUGUUAAUUUUUAUAUUUUUCUGUCAUAUGGUGGCAGUAACUGAGGGGUUAUACUUCUCCCUGUGGACAAGACAUCUAGCAAUUAAAACUAAAAAGGACCCUCCCCCUUUCCCUAUAGUGUGAUACCUCUCAGAUAUUCCCCAGUCUUCUUUCUUGUCCCGAGAGGGAAGGACAGGACAUCCACAGGGUGAGACACACGGGUUGUUGGUCUGGGGGACCCGGUCCGAGAGCUGCCCGGAUGGUAAGCUGAGUGACCAUGCUCCUAACCGAUAAGGUUACGGAGCAAGUGGAGAGAGUGGUUUCGGCCAUACUUCUUGGAGGUGGAGCUCUGGCCGAGCAUGCGCACAGCGGUGGAACACACGCCUGGGUGGUGAUUGCGUUCCACCUAGGCUUCCGGGUGCGCAAACAUGCAUGCGCAUACCGGAGCCGUAAAGAGAUAUACAAAAAACCGCGAAAAUUGAAACUGGUAAAUAUAAGAAGCUGUGCAGUACCUACUGACUGCAUGGAUGCAGGUCAGAAGUGGUACACUGUGUCACAAGCCCCCCACAUGGCUCAGCGGUAUUUUGAGGUGAGAUUUAAAUUGAUCUUUACUUUAAAAUAUAUUCUUUAAAUUUUAAAGCUUUAAAACCUCCUUUUCAUAUUUUCUUCACAUAGAAAGAGUGCCAGUAAAAAAAAAUUUUUUUUUUUUUUUUUUUUCCUUUUACAAAGAGGCGACUUUAUGGAAAAAAUAGAUUUAAAGGACGCCUAUCUUCAUGUUCCAAUCGCGACCGCCUCAAGAAAAUUUCUGAGGUUUGCUAUAAAAAGGGAAGAUCCAUUGUUCAUUUCCAGUUCAGGGCUCUACCAUUUGGUCUGUCUUCCGUCCCAAGGAUAUUUACAAAGAUCCUUACUCCUCUAACAGCUCAUUUAAGAGAGUUAGGGAUUUUAAUUAUCCCUUAUUUGGACGAUUGGCUCCUCAUUGCUCAUACAGAAGAACAGCUGCACAAGGACCUGCAGGUCACUUUUAAGUGUUCUUCAAAACCAUGGCUGGAUCUUAAACAGAAAAAAAUUGGUACUCAUCCCCACGAGAGAGUUAGAAUUUCUCGGUUUCACGAUAAAUUCAGUCUACGUGUCAAUUUUUCUUCCCAAGCGGAAAAGGAGGAAAAUCAGAGAAGAAAUUUCCUUCAGACAGGCAAUGGGUGUUUUGGGUCUUCUAAUUGCCACCUUUCCAGCUGUCAAAUGGGCAAGGUCUGGGGUACUAAUUUGUUGGAUUGCACUGCAAUGGAAUAUCCUAACUGCCUGGUCAAAAAAGGAGGAAGAUUUAGAUGAAAUCUUCAAGCUAUCAUCUCAUGUAAAAAAUCAGCUAGCUUGGUGGAAAAUGCCAGCAUGCCUUUCAGGAGGAUUGUCUUUUCAACCAAGGGGUUGGUUGGUAGUCACUACAGACGCCUCAAGCACAGGCUGGGGAGCUCACUUGGGUUCCACCAUGUUCCAAGGAAGAUGGUCAUCAGAAGAAGCCAAAGAAUCCGCAAAAUUUCAAAGAAUUGUGGGGUUUUUUUUUUUUUUGUUUUUUUUUUUUUUGGGGGGUUUGUAACUUGGUUCAGUCUCUGGGUGUCUGUUUUUAAAAGCGAGAUGGGUCUAAAAUUGUGGGGGUGUAUUGGUUGUUUCCUGGGUUUUGGGAGUGUGACAACCUGUGCUAGCAGGAUGUCCGCGGGUAAUUAUAUUGUGAUGUAUGUAUGUUCCAUGAAAAAAUCACUUUUGUUGGUCUGGUGUGAGUACAGGGGAUCUGGUCUAGAGUGUCUAAUCUUAUCGGGUUGGCAUGUAUGUGGGUCAUUCCACAAGAUAGUUUGCUAUAAUUCUGUGCAAACCUGGUGCUUGUGUCCCUAGGGGCUAUAAUUUUGUCUCCCUGUGGGGCCAAAAGUGGGCAAUUCUAUGGCUGGUUUGCUUUUGUUUCAAUCUGUUGGCCAUGAGCUUGCUUGCCUUGUUUCCUUGGGAGUAUUGUGUGGCCCUAAGUUUCUUUAAAGUAUGGCCUAUUUUAUCUAGGGCCUGUUGGUUAAUUUGUCUAGUGAUACUUGCUAUUUUGGUUUUUAAGAUCCUCUGUUGGGGUCAGUUGAGGUAUACAGUUCUGUUUGUCACCUUUUUAAGCUGUAGUGAGGAGUUUCUCCCAAGUUAUGCCACCCUUCGUAUUAAGCCUCUCAUCACUGCUUUGUGGGCUUGCCAAACUGUGGCUUGAGGGGUAUCUUGGGGUUUGUUUUCAACAAAGUAUUGGUUCAUAGCCAGGGUUAGUUCCUUUUGAACUUGCCAUCUUGUAGCAAGGUGUCGUUCAGUCUCCACGGGCUGCGAUGCUGGGUGUUGUAUAGAUCCUUAAGGGUGACGGUCACUGGUGCAUGGUCAGACAAAGUUAUCUGCCCUAUCUCGCUAGUCUCCACUUGCCCCAUUGCUGUGCCAGUCAGUAGGAACCUGUCUAUGCAAGAGUUGGGCAUGUGGGAGUAAAAGGUGGACCCCCGCCCCACAUGUCGUGCUUUCCAAACCUCAUAUAGAUGGUGUGUUUUGAAUCUGGUCAGCGCUAGACUCCUGCCUCAUCCAGGGAUGGAAACUAGCGUGACUUCUAGGCAAAGUUGUGUCUAUUGAGGAGUCAAAGAUGUGGGGCAAGUUCUCCUCUUAGGCCUGGUUCUCUGGUCAAACAAAGACUUGUAUUUUCCUGAACUGCAGUAUCUAAACUGGAACCAGUUAUUAUAGGGCCAUCUCUGUAAACCUUGAUCUCUCUAAAGCCUUUCCUUUCAGAAACCCCGUAUCCUUUCUUUCCUAGGCUCCAUGUUUCAGGUACCAGAGACCCCAGCUCAAAAUGGCUCCAUCUACUGUUCCCCAAGACAAAACUUCAAGCAACUUACUCCAAAAAACAAACUGAGGAAAACUGAUAUUAGCUCACCCACCAAUUUCAAGUAGGUGACUUCUACACACACCUUAUACAGUUUAUGGGGUUAUAUAGUAGUGCUGUUAUAAGACUCUCUAGACUAUUUAACUCCUUAGACACUCUACCACUUUUUUAAUUUUUUUUAUUUUUUUUUGUGUGCUUAUAUAGUAACUGAACUCUGACUGUUUUCACUACUGCUUGGGAUAUAUUGUAGGAUCCUAUAUCGACCGGGUCCUUUCUCUUGUAGAUAGGAUCCUUCUCUCAGUUGUGGUUUUUCAAUUUUCAUAUAGGGUCAAGCCCUCAUUACCUCUCACCCACUUUUGAGGGUUAAUCCUAUAUCUGUGGUUCGUGAUUUCUUUUUCAUGGGAUAUAUUUAUUUGUUUAAAAUAUGUCUAAUAUUUUAUUGUAAUGGUGGUUGUCUGGAUUUAAAAAACACAAACUUUUUUUAAAUUUUUUUUUUCAUCUCCCCCUUUUAGGCAUGUAACACAUGUUGGAUGGAAUUCAGUACCACCUAUGGAUGUAAGAUAUAUUUAAAAUUUUUGGGUGGUUUUAUAUCUGUGUAGCCGUCAUAUUUAUAACUGCUUGCGACCAUAGUGCAGUGUGUAUCAUACAGUUUUAAAAAAUAAAUAAAUAAAUAAAGCUUGUGUUAACUCUAUUUGCUGCUUUGUGAUUUACAAAAAACAAACCCCUUCUGUGUUAAGUCCCUGACCAGUGUGCUUUGAUAACUGGGCUGCUGCAGUGUGCCAGCCUAGUCCUUUUUCACCUCUGUAAUUACUACUACAGGUAAAAUUUUAUUCCCGCCCCCACACACACACUGUGGCUUAUCUCUUAAUAUACCCUGAUAAUAUUUCUUUGAUACCCUAUCCUGACAAGUUUUGUAUUUAAACAAAGAUUAGGUAAUGCAAUUUGUGGGGUUUUAUUUUUAAAACCAUAUGGCUUACAUCCUGCCAAUUCUUUACAACUUUGCAUGUCCCUGCCUUCUAUCAAAGAUUGGGUAUGUGUGUGUACCUCGUAUCUUAAGAUUGCUAUUAUCUAACUUUAGACUCCUAACGGAUAUCAUUUAGGAUAGAAUGUUCCCAAGACUUCUGGCUCAGUAGUGCUCCCAAGCACAUUGCUUGAGAGAUAGAUGGGGCUAUAUCUAUAUCCCUAAAUAUUUUUAUUUUUUUCCUCCUGCAAUGCCAACCAAAAAAAUAUGCUGUGUGGUAUUGAUUUCUCGGGAGGGUGGGUUGUGUGUGUAUUGUUUGCUGUGAGAUUUUUAUUCAUUUUUGCUCCCCCUUAAUGUUUUCCUUGCAUGAUUCAGUAAGUGUGUAGCACCAUCAUUUCCUUUCAUUUUGAUCAUUGUCUAUUUUUGGUCUGCUUCGAACUCCUAAACUGUAAUUUCUGCAGAACAUGCUUACUGUAGACCAAAUAAUGCCCCAAAACUGGUAACUGUUGUGACUUAUGGUCCUGCUAAUGCUUGAUUUUUGUCAGAUAACUUGCACAACAGCAGACUAACAAAUAUGGAAAACAUGUUCUAAUCUAUUAUCUGGGAGACCUCUGAAGGCCCAAAUACUGAUCUGCUUGCAGUACAUAAGGAUCUGUGGAAAAAUAUUGUGGGAGAUGCACAUCCAAUUUUAUAUUGCAAAUUGUUAAUCUCCGUCCUCUAAUUCCGUAACAAACCACCUGUUGCUGCGUUGCAAAAACAAAACGACUAUCUGAGUUAUCUGCCUUUUGCACCUCUCCUCAGUUGUUUGUUUGUUUUUAAAAGCUGUUGUGUGUAGCAGACCUACGCAAAUGAAUCAAUGUAUAUAGAGGCAAAAAGGUGGUUCUUUGUUAACCACAUUUGCCCACGCAGAAUCCCUUGCCGAAGUAUGGAGAUUUGUAUGACUAGGUACGGAAUAUGAGCUCAACUAUCCACCUUGCAAAGUCUGGCUCUUUCAAUUGCAUUGUUCAUAACAAUUUCUGUAUGGAUCUUCUCCUUGAGCUGCUAAAGUUUUAAGUACACCCACUCGAUCAAAUGGCUCCACAGAAAGUCAGGUGAACAUGGUGGCCAAUUAAUCUGGGAAAUUCCCGAACAUAUCUGCUCACUGAAAAGUCUUCUCAGGCUGACCAUUGUAACCCUGGCUGUAUGGGCAGUAUCUCCAUCCUGUUGAAACCACAUUUCUUACAUUGAAGUGGCAGUAGUAAGCUCUUGGUGUCAAAAUAAUGGACCUGCCACUCCUUCCCUUUCUUUUCUUUUUUUUUUUUUUUUGCUUUGUGAAAUUAUCCAUGAGCAAUCGUCCAAGACGAAGUUAUAUGUACCUUCAACAAAAAAAUAAGUCUUUUACCUUUCAAAUCCAAACUCAGAAUUUUUGCUCUGUGUGUGUGUGUGUGCUCUAAUAAGGAGUAGUUUUUAUUUGUUGUAUAUUCUAGAUGGGGUCUGAUUCCGACCUGAAGAAGUUAUUUCACCUGGCAGGCAUCACUAAUGACCACUUGAGAGACAGACAGAUGUCCCGUAAAAUCUUUGAAGUGAUCGAGAAGAAGGGUGGAAUGGAAGCAGUGAGGAAGGAGACUCUUCGGCUGAGUAUGUUCUGUAUCCAAGAUUGCUUUAUUCCUCCUAUGGUGGGGGUUGAACGCACUCAUUUUCUAAAACAUGGAGUUGCUGUCCCCCACCUCCCACACUUUAUUUUUCUUUAUCUCCUUUAUCUAGCAACUGUGGAAAGACCCAGACAUUUUAGCAGACUUCGCUCCUUGUCUUCUUCAAGUCUGACUCCAUCUAAGAGAGCUGGUAGUCCCAUUGCUCACUCGCCCCAGGCAGUGAAGAUUCAGGCUACCACACCACCACCUGCUUUGAAUGAUCUACCAUCUCUCAGCAGGGUGCCACCUCCAAUACCCACCGCACAAUCUCUCAAAGAUUUCCAAGCAACGAGACCACUCUUUUCACAAAGUCAAUCUUCAAAAGACUUGUCUCUAUCUUUGGAUUUGGUUCCAGUCUGUAAAUCCACAACUCGUAACCCACCUUUACCACCAAAGCCUAAAAUUGGCCAAUGCUUUUCAAAUAUAAAGGCUCCCCCUCCUUAUUGUUUACCUUUCCCUCUUGGUAAAAACUCUAAAACAGACGCUCCACUGCCUUCUCCCCUUAAUGAAGAAUCUUCCCUUGAGAAGCCAAAACCUGAAACUCAGGGGACCACUCCUACAGAUGAUGUGCUUGCUCCACCUCCUCCCCCUCCCCUACCUCAAUUUAUGAAAAACACCUCUGAGAACAAGCCAACUGCAAAGAGUGUGGAUCCAUCCCCCAUCUAUUCAUUUACAGCGUUUUCCCAGAAAGCAUGCAUACAAAGAGGUGGGGUCCCGCUCCCUGAUAAAACAACAUUUAGUGAAAACUGUCCAAAUGUAUUUCUGGACCAGAUAAAGCAGGGCGUGCAGCUAAAGACUGUAAGUACUGUACAUGUUUGGGAAGGGCAAAUUGUGUGUUUGUUUGUUUGUUUUUUUUUAUUUAUUGUGCAUAUUAAAAAAAAUAAUCGGGCCAUUUGUCUGAAUUCCACAUCUCUUAACAGCAUAAUGGGAGAAUGGACUAAGGAACACAUCGUGUGAUAAACCUAUUUGGUCAAUCUCAAUAAAUUGAUACCCUGAUAUUGGGUUACCUUAUUUAAGGGUACCAAAGACUGAAAGUUUGUUCAGUAUAUAGCUCCCUAAUUUCAGUAUCCUUACAUAUGGCAAUCCCAUGUAAGGGUACUGAUUUAUAUUUAGGGAGUUAUCUACUACACAGCUUUAAAAAUAAUUUUUUAAAUCUAAAUUUAGAAAAGCCCUUCUUAAUUUUGACCUUUUCAGGUAUUUAUUAGAUAGCUGCCUAGUAAACACAACUUCUUCCCUAAUCUGGUACCCUAAAGUAUGGCAAUCCCACAUAAGGGUACCAAAUUAGAGUUAUUUUGAAGUUUUCCAUCCAUCUGAAUGGAAAUCCAUAUAUAUAAUUUUUCAUUUGCAUUUCCGGUAACACAAACUUUAUUUUCAUUUAGACAAGUUACACUGCAUGGCUGACAAUUUUGGUGUGUGUGUGUGUAACAUCUAAAUGGCUCAUACGCACAAACUCAAACUGCAAACAGCAUCACAAUGAGAUCUGGAGUAGUGUUUUUAUUUGUUUUGGUGUGUGCUUUGUGUGUUAGUUAUCCUGCAUGGGAAAGUUCCACUAAACAAUUUAGUGUGUAUACAUUCUCUAUAAGAUAUGAAAUUCUUGGCUUGCAGAGAGACUGACAUUGUAUGUACUGUAUUUAUCAGAAUCUAAGAUGCACUGGAAUACAAGACACACCAGUGUAUUUUUACAUACAUUUUUAACUUUGGGUUUCCUCUUCAAAAAUAAAAACAAACUUCAGCUUCUGAGUAUAGGAAUCCAGUGUGUGAUAUAUUGUAGAGGUGGCCCUGUUAUAAGGCAAGUGCCUAAGGCAUCACACUUAAGGAGCCUGGUCUCAUGUCCUGUUUGCCUUGCUGGUACUGAGCACAUCAACCAUGGCCUCUUUGUUUGAGUAUUGAGUUUGAGUAUUGCCUAAAGUUUUGUGAGCUCUCGAGCCUCCUCCUGUGUGCUGGGAUAUGUGCUGUCUUCUCUGUUGUGGGAGAGAGGGGAGCGGAGCAUUUACCUGUAUUUUCUUCUAGGUUGUCCAAGCUUCAAAAACUGAUUCUGUUCAUUCCUCCAACAUUGUCAAUGCAUUAAUGGACGUUAUCCAAAAAAGACACAAAGCAAUACAGUCAUCAGGCAAGUAAUUCAUACAACACAGUGUAAUUCAUACAGUCCACACUUUAAUGAAAGAAAAUGUGUGUAUUUUCAAUUAUAAACUCCUGUUCGUGCUCCCCUAGUUUUGUGUAAAUAUAUCAUUUUUAAACUUUUUAUAUAUAUCUUUAUUUUUUUUAUUCAAUAAGAAAAUCUUCUACGGUUUUGACUCUUGCAACACUCUACAGAGGUCGCACUUUUUUUUUUUUUUUUUCUCACUCAGAAAUGAAGUUUUACCUCCACAAAGCCUAAUUCAGAGAAUAGUGACUUUGGCGCUGAAUAAGAUGUUUCAAUCCUUUUUAACUGCUGCAGGGUGGGAGAGGGUGUGCAGUGGGGCACUAUGGUGUCAGGAAUAUAAAACUGUCUUAAGUGACCGUACUGCACAAGUGGGUUGUUCCCUCUUAUGCAGUACUGCCACUCUACUAAGUAAAAUAGAAUUUAUGGUAAGUAAAAUUUACUGUUUUCUAACACUAUAGUGUUGGUCCUUAAAGUGUUAGAACUGUCAUGCCAGGCACUGUCCAUAUAGCAACCUACUUAAUUCGGCAGGUCAACCUACUCCAAUACUUUAAUUCUUGUUUUCAAACUUCAUCUGCACUCGUAACACCAGGGAUAACUGCUUCUGAUUUUGUAAAUCUGUCUCUCUGUAAUUUUUAUACACUUGCAGCAGAUCAAUGCUGCAACUUCUGGCCAAUUGGCUCCUGCUCCUAUGAGUGGUGUGUGUGUUUGUUUUUUUUUUUUGUUUUUUUAUUUUAUUUUAUUUUUUUUUUAUUUUUUAAUUCACAACUGUUACUGCCACAAAUUCUAAAGCUGAGCCAAGAUAACUGCUAAAUAUGAACAUGGAACACAGCUGCAUUGUGUGCUUGUUGGAGGGCAUGAUUCAAGGUGUUCAAUCUUUUUCUUUCAUUCCAGAUGAAGAUGGAGAAGUGGAUGAUGAAUGGGAAGACUAAUGCCACUUUUUAGAGGAUUUUGUCUGGGGGAGGGGAUUAGGAAGUGAUCAUGCACUAUUUAAAUGUUGUAAAUGUAAUUCUAUUUAUAAAAUGUG